AUGUCAGCUUCCAAUGUGUCUCAGACAUGCAAGGAUUACAGCUUCAACCACCACCUCCUCCUGCCUGGCUACGUCCUGAUCUUCGUGACAGGCCUGGUGCUGAACGUGCUGGCCCUGUGGAUAUUCGUCCGCUACCUGCGCCUCAAGUCCGUGGUGAUGAUCUACAUGUUCAACCUGGCCCUCAGCGACCUCGCCUUCACCCUCCCCCUGCCCCUGCGCCUCUUCUACUACUCCAACCACCACUGGCCCUUCGGCAACACCCUGUGCCAGGUCUCCGGCUCCGUCUUCCAGAUCAACAUGGACGGCAGCUGCCUCUUCCUCCUCUGCAUCAACCUGGACCGCUACGUCGCCAUCGUCCACCCGCUCCGCUGGCGGCACCUGCGGCGCCCCAAGGUGGCCAAGCUCCUCUGCCUGGGUGUCUGGGUGCUGAUCUUCCUGGGCUCCAUCCCCACGGCCAUAGUCCACAAGCAGAACCGCUGUGAGGUCCAGAACCAGACCGUUUCUCUCUGCUUCGAAAGCUUCAGUGACAACAUAUGGCAGAACAACCUCUUCCCCUUAGUUAUCCUGGCGGAAAUCUUGGGGUUUCUCCUGCCCCUCAGCUGUGUGACAUACUGCUCCAUCCGGAUCUUCCAGGAGCUCUGCCAGGGCAGCCAGACAAAGACCCUGCGGCAGCAGAAGACUGUCCGUCUCCUCUUGGUCAACCUGGUCAUCUUCAUCAUCUGCUUUGUGCCCUACAACACCACCCUGGCAGUGUAUGGGAUGAUAAAGGCCCGAGUGCUGAAGGUGGAGCCGGAAACCAAGGACUCGGUCCGCCAGGUGUUAAUCACCACGAUGCUGUUGGCCAGCAUGAACUGCACCCUGGACCCCUUGAUCUACUACUUCAGCACCGAGGGCUUCCGUAACACCUUCAAGAGGUUGCUGGGGACAGUGAGGGCUGCCAAAGGAAGGGCAGCUGAGAGCCAGGCUGGUAGCAAGGCAGGCAGAGGGAAGGGCUUUCCCAACAAGGGGAGGCACCUGAGCAAGCCGCUUUCCCCGCGAGCAGCUCUGCCGCAGGGGGACUCCCUGGGAAAGAGGGAGUUUGCCAAAGGGGGCUCCUGCACCCAGCGCCGCCAGACAAAGGGACCACACCUCGGCAGCACUGCCAGCGAGGGAGCAGGGCUGAGGGUGGAUGUGCAGGCCUAG